GUGGUAAAAGGCUUAACUUCCUUGCAGUCAGAGUUUUAGUAGCUGUUCAUUCCUGAAUAUAUACUGGUUCUUCGUUCAAUUUUGUGUUUCAAAUACUAAAAAGAGCUCAACUUUUAAAAUGRGCUUCAAGCACGAUCAGUUUGUGGAGACAGUUGAUGAUUUCCUGAAUUGUUCAAUAUGUCAUGAAGUACUGGAAGACCCGCAGCAAUGUAAUAAAGGGCAUAUUUUCUGUAAAGAUUGUAUUAAAGAAUGGCUGAGUCACAACUGCACAUGCCCCGUGAAUAACAUUGCACUAAAAAUCGAUGAUCUCGCAUGUAGUUUGGUUGCUAAGAAUAUAAUAGAAAACCUUGAAGUGUACUGCCAACCACCAAGAGAGGAUGUUUUGGCAGAUGAUGCAAGUACGUCUUGAGUAUUUUAUGAUUGGGAAUAUAAUAAUGCUGAUAUUAAUGACGACAAAUGAUAACAAGAUACUGUACUGUACUGUACCAAGACUACUGGAUGAUACUCUCUGUAAGGUUCAAACAUAGGCUGGCCACAGAUUCGUACCGAGUCGCUUCUCUUGCCUUGUUGAUCUCACGCUGUGGUUAAUGGGAAGGAUUUAGUGAGUUCCGGGUGCAUCAGGGGAAGUGCGGGCAAAAAAAGCGUGAAACAAAUUACGACUUGGUACGAGUCUGGGCUGUCCAGUCAACCUCACGGAUUUUGUUCAAAUUUGGUAUAUAAACUUGGUUUGGGGCCCUAAAUACGAAAGGGAUACGCAAAAUAAAUAUACGAAAAUCGGCAAAAUUUGGGGGAAGGGGGAUGGGGAGGGCCUGUUUUGUCGGGUCAGUAGUUGGCUGGUUACGACGCCGUAAAACAUUAUCCACAACUUCCGGAUCAGGCAUUUGUUUGAAAUCUACAAGCUGUCAUAAUCCCACGUGCACGGGUAACUUCAUUUAACAAAGCAACUUAUGUGGACGAUUUAAGUGAGCUGUCCCAGUAUGAAAAGCUUAUUUUCCAUUAUGAUUGAUUUUACCUAAUAUAUACACUAAAUAAAAAAAUAAA